CACCGACGUGUCCGAGGCGUUCAUCUCGAAGAUUUAGCUCUUUCCAUUGAACGUGCGAAUUCAUCGUAUGAUUGAGAAUCGAUCCUCUUGGACGUGCUCCGAGUCGUCGGAGGGCCAUUAACUGAAGGGGUUUUCAAGCGAAUAAAAACCCCUCGAAGCCAGUGAACGCCCGGCAGAAAUAUCAUCAGAAAUAAAAGUCGUGGCAACGCCUUUUCGUCGCUGAUAUCACAUCGUGAAAUUCAGGAGCGGUUCGUUGACACUUGGACGAAAUAAUUUAGAUUGAUUCCUCAAUGAAAAUCGACGUUCAGUGAUAUCCAAUCGGUAUUUUAAGGAGUGCACGCUAAAAAAUAAUGGAAGUCGACUCGAGUCGAGCUUGAGGCAACUUUAAAAAUAAACUGUAACGUGCGAUUUUUUCACGUGAUUGAAAUUCAACUCGCGAGUGGUGAGCUCGAAGUGCGCACAUUUUUUCUUCGUCUUACUUUUCCCAGGGCCUGGGAAUUCCGUCGUUUUCUUUAUUUCCUUAUUAUUUCUGAAUAAAUGAAUUUUUCAAAAUUCAUUAUUGUCCAGUGUAUCGAAUCUUUGAAGGAUUUUCCAUCCGGAACUUUUCGGCAGUGACAACGCAACGCGAAAAUAUCGUUAAAAGUGUCUAUCGUUCAAUUGAGCAAUGGAAAUAAAAUUGAAGUGACUUUGAAACUGGCAAAAUCGAAGAAUUUCCAUUGAAAUAUUUGACUGCUGAGAACGAUGGACGAUGGUUCUCAAAAUCAUCGCUUGCCGGGGUUAAAUAACGGAAAAAGUUAUUAAACCGGUCAAUUGCGCAAUGGAGAACGCGUGGUCGAACGGUUGCGGAGGAGAGCGCCAGGACCUGGACCCGAUUAUGGAAGAAGAGGACAAAAGUCCACCGAAAGGUUUCUGCGUAUUCCACGUACCCAUGAAAUAUAUCGAUUCCCAGUCGGAUUCUUCGGACGCGGCUUCGACGAUAAAGCGUUGGGACUGUAGGUGGACGCCUUCGGAGGCUUACGACUCGUCCGGGACUUCUUCGACGUCGGAACAGGGCGAAGAGUACGCUGAGGAUUACCCACGAGGCGUAGCGAUCGAACUCCCGGCGCCUCCUAGUGACGCGCACGGAAUUUCACGAUCUCAGGGUUGCCUUUGCCAGAAUUGCCUCCUCGGAUACGCGCGAUCGAUCGCCCUCCGCGGAAGCGUACCGAACAUCUGCAGCGCCGCAGCGAACGUCGCCCAUUUAGCGACUCUUCCACCGUUGCAGCCGAGCUCCUGUUCCGCCAACUUAAUCGGUUUCACGAAGGAAAUGUCCCCGUUCGAUAACUGCAACCACGCUCACUCGUCUCAUCAGUCACGAGCGCAACAAAUCGCUCCAGCAACAUCCAAGGUCAACGCCCCUUCGCGCUUGGGGUCACGAGCUUCGAGCAUCGCUUCCCUUCCGACCGGAAACCCGAGCGGACGUUACGGCGGUUCUUUGGACAGACGAAGGCGUCGAUUGCGCAAUCGAAACGAGCGAGAUCAACGCGCAAGGUCCCAAAGUGACCUUGUUUAUUGCGACAGAGAGAGAAAUAUCCCACCUCACUAUUGCUCACUUCAACAAUUUCAAUACGCCAAUAUGAGUGCUCCCCAAUAUGCGAGCAAUCUCUAUAUCAACAGCUGCAAUAAUAACACCGAGGAACGAUUGCGAAAGUUGGAAAAUGAGCGUGGUGCAUUGCACAUGGAAGUUUCGGUUCUUUCGGAGCAAGUCGAUGCCCAAUCCACCAAAAUUCUCGAACUUGAAACUAUUCUCCAGGAGAAAAAGGACUCCCUUCGCCAAAUGGAAGACAUUCUUCAGAAGGAAAUAUUGUCACGAAGCGCCCUGGAAACUCAGAAACUUGAAUUGCUGAGCUCCUUGUCUGAGAUGAAGUUACGUCAGGCUAGUUUGGAGCACGAAAACGUCACUUUACGUACCAACAGUAGCCCAGUUUCCAAUGGAGAGAGAUUCAGUCGACACGCUGGCCAGUACAGCAGUCUUCCAAGGCCACCGACGAGCACGAAAAAAGGAGUUGCGUUCGGUAAGGUCCCGCAACAAAUAUCCGCCGCCCAGACUACCGUACCAUUGGCCGUCAGAGGGACUUCUGCGCGAUGUUUAUCCGCCCCGAUUUUAGCUGAAGAAGAAAAAACUGUUAUUGACGAAGCCCCUUCCCGGGUAGAAGAGACUCCACCAAAACCGUUGGUCGAACUCUCCAUGGAAGAAGUUGAGGAAUGGCUUUCUCGAAUCGGUCUCGAAUCCUACGCCCCGGAAUUGAGAAGAUGGGGAGCAACAGGCGUUAAACUACUUGACGCUACUCAGAAUCAAAUAGAAAAAGAGCUUGAUAUCAAAAACAAUAUGCAUAGAAAAAAAUUAUUGUACGCUGUCGAAUCCGAUAGGUGCAACGGUGUCGGAUUUCUUGGCUCUGAGAAGAUGGACAACGUGGCUGUGUUGCGUUGGUUGGACGAUGUCGGCCUUCCGCAACACAAGGAAGCUUUUCACAAUGCUAAAGUCGACGGUAGAGUUUUGCAUCGUUUGACGACCGAGGAUUUGUUGAAUUUGGGUGUAACGGCUCAAUUGCACGCGGCGAGCUUACGACGGGGUAUUCAGGUUUUACGCGAAUUGAACUUCGAAUUUGACAAUUUGGAAAGAAGAGCAGCCGGUGGUAACGGAGCAGAUGGUAGCAAUGUCGCCCUCUGGACGAAUCAUCGUGUCAUGGAAUGGCUUCGCGUUGUUGACCUUGCCGAAUAUGCUCCAAACAUGCGAGGUUCCGGCGUACACGGAGGUCUUAUCAUUCACGAAGGUCGUUUCACUUCCGAAUUACUCGCCACUUUGCUCAGCAUUCCUCCGUCGAAGACAUUACUCCGCAGACAUUUGACGACACAUUUUAACCAAAUCCUCGGACGCGAGGUCGUUCAACACAAACGCGAAAUGGAGAGCACACUUGGUUUUGUGCCACUUACGCUCACUGCUAGAUUGAAGGUACCAAAGAAAUCGCAAUUUACACUGAAGCGAAAAAAGAGCAAAAGCGAGGCGGACUACGGAAAUCUCGUGUGCCCAUUAGAGAGCACUCCACCAGGUACACCAUCGACGCCAUCUUCGACUCCCGGGAGCCCUAAUCUCAACUCACCCACAAUCUAACCACAAUCACAGGUUCAUUCAAGCAACAAAUCUUCUCAAACUAACUUAUCUCGAAGUUGGCGAGCAGAAACGUGUGAUUGGCUGCAUAUGAAUUUCCGUUGAUUGGCAUGAUAGCCAAAGAAAUUCACCAACGAAAAAAUUAAUAUUUUUCUUCUCAAUCUAUACAAAUUUGCAACUUCUUUAAAACAAUAAUAACCAAGUAGAAGAAUAUGAAUUAUAAUUCAGGAGAAUAUUGAAACAAGAAUUUUCGCCUUUUGAAUAUCAAAAAAAAAAGAAUAUGAGACAAUACGUGAAUUGAAAAUAAAAAUUCCAAUUAUUCAGGACUUAGAAAUAAAAAGACGAACAGGAAAAGAUGAUGAAAGGAAGAAAAAUGACGAUUCAUUGCGUAAUGGAAGAGAACGGAGACUAAUAAUUUAAGGAUUUUGUAUUUAAAGCUUUGAUUUAAUAAGAGGUCGAGUCAGCAAAACUCAAAUCGAAAUAACUAUCGAUGGAAUUUUGCAAAAACUUGUUUUCCACGAUUGAUAAAAAAUUCCAAUAAGCCUAAUCCAAAAUAGGAAUGACCAAGAGAAUGACGUAUAUUCUUUGCUGACUCGAUCCCCUAAAUUACGGGGGACCAGAUGUUUGUAAAUUCGAAAAAUCAAAGGCCCUAAGAGGAAUCAUUGAUUAAAGGGAAGACAAAGACAAGUGCGAUCGACGAGGAAAAAAAACAGUUCACCAUUAAUCGUAUACGAUUUAUUCGAUCUUUUGAUCGAAAUUUUUGAAUAUAUAUAUAUAAAAUACGUUACUUCGAGAUAAAUAAUAAUAAUGUGCGAGAUAAUAAUUAACGCGAAGUUAUACUCUCUGAGGAAUGGAAAAAUUUAUGGCGAUAUUUAUUGAUAAUAUAUAUUAUUAUACAAUAUAUUCAUGAAAUAAUGUUACUUUUGAAUAUAUUAUGAUAUAUCAUAUCUAAAUGAAUAUAUUGUACGAUAUAUUCGUCUAUACACUAAAAUAACGCAUUGAUAAUCUUCACCAACCGAAUUAAAAACAAAAUUAGUGCCUAAUUUUUUAUUGUACGAAAAUAACGAGAACGUCUUCAAAAAGUAUCGUUGUGAUUCUUAUAAUCUCUGGUUGGGUGAAAUCCAUCUGAGCCGAAAAUCAAGAGCUAAAAAAUACAGCGAAGGAUCGAAGUCACGAAUUUGUUUCUGUUCCAAAUGUUUUUGUCUACAAAUAUAGUGGACGCGAUGAGGAAACAAAGUCGAAGAAAUAGUAAUUAGAGGUAGCGACAAAUAUCGAUUGAUACAACUGUAGAAAAAAAAUGUUCAUUUAUUGUUUAUAUUUCCGUAGUAACAGUAGUUUCAUUGAUAAUUCUUUGCAUAACGAAUUUUUCAAAAUAUAGCGUUAGAUAUUGUAAAUACUGUUGGUGGCGAGUCUCUCAACAGGAUGUUCUGCCAUUUUGAUUCUCUACCACGUUUCCUAAGAAAAAAAUGAAUAAAAAAAUCCUCGUAACGAAACAAAAACUA